CCACCCUCAAGCUUCUUUGAAACCCCCCCCAAAAAAAGGGGAAGAGUAACUCAUCAGUUCAUGCAGACACACACUCAUUUCUACGGGUUUCUCUGGAGGACUCCUGCACCGUGAUGUCGCAACCUUGGAAUUGGUGUUUUAUUUGGAAGCUUCUGCAGUGGAGGACUUGUGUUUGAGACCUCUGGGAAGAUGUCUGAGCCUCUCUGCAUUAUCUUAAUGGGGUUACUGUGGGCUUUGCUUGCUGGUGUGCAUGAAAACAGCAUUUUCUUGUUAAGAUGGAUUCAGAGAUUGAUGUCCUGUCUCCUCUACACUCUGUUGGGUCUAGUGGGUGAUAUUCUGACUGCUGCUGUGAACGUCACCUGGUCCUGCAGAAACAUUUCUGCUGUUAAUGGUUACCUCUACUCUGUGUUGCCAAAUGUAACUGUUUUAUUGAAAAACGAUGAUUGUGAACAAGCCUGGUACAACAAGGCAAAGGAGUUUUUGUCAGAUGGGACACCUUUACAUUUUAUCAAUGAAACUGAGCACCCUCUGGUUGUUGAUGCACAAAAAAAUAACAUUACAGUCUCAGAUUGCAUUGAGCUUCACCAUCUAGUGACCUGUCAUGGAUUGGGGCAAAAGUUUGAUGUUAUUUACCAAGUAAUUAACGACACCUGGCUAACCCGAACUUUAGAACAGCAAUCUAAUGAAAGCAUCCUAGUCUCUGUUCUUAUUCCUUUCCUGGUGUUGCUAAUCUUAAUCGCGGUGGUCCUGAUUGGAAUCCGCUGCAACAGGAAUCAAAGGUCAUACGAUCCUCACCCAAACAAUCAAACUUGUCACAUCGGAACUACAGGAAUUGUACACGAUGCUGAGCAUGCGAACGGUAACGGCUUUGUGAGUAAUGGUGCUUCGAAUGGAGCUGCUCAACCACAUACAGGCGACACUGUUACAAGGAAUGAGCAACCAGAUCACUCCAAGAUCUAGUGAUGAUUACGUUCUUGCUUCAGAGCCAUCCUGUCUUCUAAAGCCUGUUCUGAAGGAGUCCACAACACCUUUGCAAGCAAUCAUUCUAAAGUAGUACUAAAAAGUCAAACAGUAUAGAUCAGAAUUGGGUUAUAAAAACAUUUCCCAGGGUCCUGGGAAACACUUUGAAAGGUUUCUGUAGCUUUUGUAGAUUUUUGUAAUCCCCAGUAUUACCCAGCAGCCACUCUUGGGCCCUUAACACUGUGUGCCUAAGGAAUGUUGUGUCAUGGCUGACGCUGCGCUCUGACACCAGCUUCCCAACAUCCCUGGGGUAUCCAAGAAAAAUGUCACAGUAAUGUACAUGUGACAAGUAAAAAAAGCACUUAACUUAAAAAUAUUGCCAAGUCAAGUUACAGUGAAGGCCUUUUAUACAGAAAAACUAAGAUCUCGAGUUCAAAUCCCAUUACCACUAAGCUGCCAUUGGUGGGCCCUUAAGCAAAGAUAUUAACCAGCAACUGAUCAGUUGUCUCUCUGGGUAAGGGCUUUUACAGAAUGUUGUGAAUGUACAUCGAAAGGCAAAUUAGUGACAACAUUUAGAGAAGUGGAUAAGAUGUUGGAUUUUUGAUCGGAAGGUCAUGGGUUUAAACCCAAGCUGCGAUAACUGUAAGGGCCACUGCCAAAUGCAGUAAAUGUACAAUUAUUUUCACUAAUAUAAUACAUAGGUGCUUAAUAUAUGUAACAGUAAUAAUUCAGUGAUUUAUUAUACAUUUUUAAUAUUUAGAUUUAUUUAUAUAAAUGUAAAAAAAAAAAAAAAAAAGCUGAUUAGAAAAUGGCAAAGCUUACCCGGCUUUAAUAAUAAUAAAAAAAAAUUUAUUAAAAAAAGAAAAUACAUUUUUGACUAUUUGAAUAAAAUAUGUAUUCAUUUAUUUUAAUAACUUCAAUGAAAAAAGAUGGAAUUCCACCUAACCAGCUCUUAUGGUGUGCAAUGACACUAAACUAGGUGCUAAGGAAGUGAUUCAGAUUUUAUCAAGUGGUUCUACAAGUGGUUUUAUUGUUUGCGGUCCGUUUGUAAAUCACUGCUGGAGAAUUUGGGUUUUUUUGUGUCAACUGUUUUAAUGAGCUUUAAAGUUUCUAACAACCGAAACUCUUCAGAACAGAAAGAACUGAUGUUUUUCUUCGUUUUGGUGCUUUCAAGAAACAAAAAAGGGAAAAUGAUGUUUUUAUAUAUACAUAUUGUUUAUGGAAGCUACAGAUGUUCCACAAUACAUUUCAGCUUUCAGAGUUGAAAGUAUUAAAAUUGCAAUAUUAAGUAUUGUAUAUGAAUUGCAAUAAAAUGUAUAAUUUAAAAAAAAAAGUUAAUAUUAUUGUCAUGACACGUAUAAAUCCAAUGGAAUUUCCAAAAGCAUGAUUGUGAAACGUAUUUCUUUCUUUUAAAUAAUAAGGAUCCACUUGAAAAACUCGUACAAUACACCAAUUUUGAUGUUUACAAUUUUGUUUUUUUUUUGUGUGUGUGUGUGUUUUACUACACAAACACCAGCAAAGGCAGUGAAAUUCAUAUCAAUCUUUAUUUUGUAUUUAGAAAUUUAGCGCGACGAAUCUUUUCCUGGCUUUGCCUUCCAUGCGUCCCCCCUGCACGGCCUGCGCUCUUCACGAUGGGCUGAAAUGGAGCUUUUACAUAAAGUGCUUCUGCCAACCAGCUUUUCUUUCAUCUUCUUUUUUUUUUUUUGCGAUAGAAAAA